UUUAAAUUGAAUCUAUUAUACAAAAGUAAAAGUCUGUAUGAUUUUGAAAAAAAUGGCUGGAAAACAAAUUAUUAGAAAUGUCAUAAGACGAAACAAAUGUCAACCAUGCGCAGAGCAGAAGAAAAAAAUUAUGGCAACAGCAUGGUGUACAGAAUGCCAGGUGGGGUUGUGUAGUAAUUGUCACAAACACCACGAUUCACUGAAACUCACGAGGUAUCACCACGUCAUCAGCAUGAGAUUAUUUCAAGCCAAGAUAACUGCUGGACAGGUAACACAAAAGAUGGAGAAGAUGCAAAUAAAGGAACAUCAGCAGAAAGAGAAGACGAAAAAGAAUGACACGAAACCAGAUGAUUCAACCACAGAAGAAACACAUACUGAGUCAAAUCCGAUAGUUUUUAAUUCUGAUGACAUCGAAGUGAAAGGCAAGAUGGAUUCGAUAAAAUUUAAAUAUUUUCGUACAAUUGAUCUUCUUAAGGGUGACAAAACAUCUGUUAUCAAAGAUAUAAAAGUUCUCAGCAAUAAACACGUUGUCAUGAUUGAUGGCAACAAUAAUCGAAUACUGAGUUCUGAAAUCGAUGGUAUAAAACAAAACGAAUUUCGACUUCCGGGCAAACCAUAUUGUCUGGCAAUUGCUACCGAUGACACAGCAGCAAUCUCUCUGUAUGAUAAUGGAAAAGUUAUAAUGGUUGAUAUUUUCAAGCGAGAGAUAUUCCGAGAAAUUGUUAUCACAUGCUUUGGUUUAGUGUUUACUUCGGAACACCUUAUUCUUAAUUGCGGGAAAACUGGAAUUAAGGCUAUGGAUAUGAAUGGCGACGUGCAUGCAAUUAUACCGGAAGUUCGUGGUGACGGUUAUCUUUUCAUUGGACACGACGGUCAUGUAUAUUGUAAUUCAUGCGGAUCCAAUCAGAUUAUAAGCUGUAACAUACGCAGACGUUUAGUGAAGACUUUUACGACAUUAAGUAUCGAACACCCGCUAGGAACAACAGUCGAUGAUGAAGGAUUUGUUUACGAAGUUGGCGUUCAGUCUCCUAGCUCCAGUAUUAUUAGCCAUGAAGGUAGCAAAGCUUCAGAGAGUAUCCAUAUGAUCAGUCCGACCGGAAAACAUCACCGAUUGGUGCUCACAAAACAAGAUGGUGUCAAUAAUCCGUAUGCUGUUUUUUUCGAUAAUGAAAGAAAAAAUUUACUCGUUGCCAAUAGCUUUGGGGAAUCUGUUGUUAUCUUCAGAAAAGAAGGCCAGUUUUAAGAAAAAAGAAAUUGUAUACAAAGAAAAAAAAUUGAUAAAAUAUUUUAUUUUAUAA